UUUCCCUUUCAGGCUAGCCUCUGUCUGAGCUCACACAGACAGACUGCCCAGAGGGCGAGAGAGAGAUAGCGGGUCUGUUUCUCUCACUCUGUCCAUUAGCCAUUUAAAGGGUGAGAAGAGAGUGAGGUCUGUAAUAUACUGGGUCAACAGGGAAACAGAAAGGGAAAGGAGAGAGAGGCUGCAGCUUGACAAACUGGGAGGUGGGGAAAUCCAAAGUGAGAUCGCAGUGCAGAUUGAGUGAGAGAAGGGGGUGUGGAGAUUUGGAAAGUACCAGGGAGACAAAAGGAGGAAUUCUAAAAAAGAGGUCAACUAAGCUGGAGUCUCAACAGUAGAGGGAAAAGACUCAGAGCUCAGAGCUCUCUCUCUCUCUCUCUCUCUCUCUCUCUCUCUCUCUCACUGUCACACACUUGACGGAACCGCUGAGGAAACUUUGCCUAGUCAGACCAAAGGACUUAUUUGAGCUGCGAAUUGCAUGGUUUCAACCACAGAAAUGGAGAAGUGGCCUUUCUCAUGAAGAUAAAAGGAUGUCACGAUCAGUUUUACUGUUGCUAUCAAUAUUGACACUCCAAGGUAGCGGAUGUGAUUACUUUUUGAGGGGGGUUGUCGAUAAUCUUCAAACCACCAUUAACUCAGACCACUCUGGAUUUCGUAAGGUGUUCCCUAAAGACUAUUGGAUUUCCCACCACUACAAUGUCAACCUGCUGUGCAACACUGAUCCGUGUUGUGUGUUCCGAGCUGCGACUGUUCUCUCUGACUCCUGGCUCCAGCUCCGCAGCCAGCUGUGGCCAGAGCACCAUAGCUUCGAAUUCAUCUCCAACAUUAUACAAGCCCUGGAUGACAGGGGUAUGACAAAAGGGAGAUUUGAGGAUCCUGACCCUUCAGUUCUUCCCUCCGUCUCCUCCUCUCCAGAGAAACUUCUCAACUUCACUUCAUCUGUUUUCUCCAAAUGGCUGGAGCUGGGGUGCUCGGCCCCGGUGGACACUUGUCCCUUCCCCACUCUGGCCUCUCCUGCUGGUGAGGAAGAAAGGGCAGCUUUGGAAAGUAAAAAAGUGAGGUUAUUAACCACACGAGCAGUUCACAGGGAGAAUGAAGGGGAAACAGGGAUGAGGUUACACACACCUCCACCAACCAAUAGGAGCCCAACAUCCAAAGGUGGGCUCCUAUUAGUUCUUUCUGGGUCUUUGUUUUUUUUAAACCUUUAUUUAACUAGGCAAGUCAAUUAAGAACAAAUUCUUAUUUACAAUGAUGGCCUAAAAAUGGUUUGGAGCACUGGUUGGCUUUUUCUUCUCAGUCUGUCCAUUCUAGCUGUUCUAAUGCAGUAAGCUUUGUCAAUCAAGUGACUGACAUGCACACUUAAUUGUUGCACUGAAUGUACAACUGCAGUCAAGAUUAUGUAUAGAAUAACAACCUUUUAAUUUACUUUCUGCACACUAGAGUUCUAUUAUAGCCAUAAGAAACCAUUACGUACCUAUACAACAUAGCCAUAUGUAUAAAAAGCCAUAUUCUACACAAGCUAACUAAACACUAACAAGUGUUUUAUAUUGAGCAAGCAACAGAACAUAAAUGAUUGUCCAAUAUUUCUGAUCAAAUUCAUAUGAUAUUUACAAUGCAGUGGAAUGUGAAUAUUUCUUUGUCUGCUGGUCUUCAAUUCAUGUUUUUUUUUUUUAAUUAACUUUUGUACAUACUGCAUCUUGUAAAUAAAAACCAUGCAGCCAU